AUGUGUACAUGGAAGGGGACCAUCCCCCUGAGCACAAUGGUGCCUCUCAAAGUGGUGUCAGUGGCAACGCUGUGUCUUGCAGCGACUCUCUUGCUCCAGGUUGAUGCUCGUGUUUUGACCAGUCCAACCAGGGACCUCCUUGCUUCACUCAACAACGGCUGCGACGGCGGGAGCCCCACCUGCUACACAAACAAUGGUGCGGACGGCUACUGCUGUCCCGAGGGUUACAACUGCUUUGCCAGUGACAAGUUCUCGUGCUAUGAGGCGAGCGGCUCGUACCCCAGCGAGCCAGACCUCAUUGUUGGCGAGAAUGUUGCGGGCGGCGGCGUUUCCUCUGGCAACUCGGAAUUUCCCAGCAGCAGCGACCCAGAGUGCAAGAACACCCCUGGACGCAGCAACCCCUGCUACUCCACUGACGGCAGUGUGAACGUGUGCUGCUCCAAUGCUUGCGGGCCCACAACCAAGCAGGGCUACCCCACCUGCUCAGGCCAGUGCUCUGGCCCCUCCCAGCUGCUGUACGUCUGGGCCGGUGUCAGUUCCGAUGGCGCAAACUCCAGCGCCCGUGACUACGUUGGAGUCGUCUCCAUUGACCGCAACAAUCAGUACGGCAAGCUGCUGUACCGCGCCGAGAUCCCCUACGCCGGCACCGAGGCGCACCACAUGGGUCAGUCCCCCGACAACAAGUUCCUCGUCGCCGGGGGGGUGUUUUCCAGCGUCCAGGGACUCCCCCAGGUGUUCUUCUACGACAUCGCUGACGACCCGUACCACCCGCUGUACACCGGUGACAUCGACCCCAAGAAUAGCGGCAUCACCGACCAAGUCGUGUUUGACAGCCAGGGCCGCGCCAUCAUCACUCAGAUGGGCUCCUACACUGGCGGCACCCCCGGUCGCCUCCUCGAGGUCUAUCCCCCCUUCCCGACCGACCUCGCCUCCGGCCUCAAGCCCGCCUUCGCUGAAUACGGCACGGGGGGUCCCGGCGAGGACACAAUGAACCCCCACGGACUGGACGUGAACGCCGACUCGACCAUCGCAAUUACCGGAGACUUCAUCGAGCCCGUUUCGCUCUUCGCGGGAUCCCCUGACCAGAUCAAGUUCCGCGACACCAUCCGCAUCUGGCGCCGGAACGUGAACGGAAGCACCGGGUGGACCAACACCAAGACGUUCACCGUGCCCGGGGCUGGGGGCGUGCAGGACGUGCAGUUCAUCCCCGGCGAUGCCCAGCAGCGCGCGCUCGCGACGCUCGUCAACGGCAACGGCCUGGCGCUGGUCAACCCGACGACCGAGACCGUGUCCGUCGUCUACAACUUCGCCAACGAGACGUGCGUGCCCCACGUGUCCGACAUUUCCAACGACGGCAAGAAGUACUUUGUUUCGUGCAUCGGCCUCGGCCAGGUGUGGAUGAUCGACAUCUCCAACCCCGAGGCGCCCUUCAAGCUCGACGCCAAGGACACCGGCGGUCCCAGCUCCAACCCCCACUUCGUGCGCCUCACCCCCAACGACGACCGGUUGUUCGUCUCAAACUACUUCGUCACGGCCGGGCUCGCGUCGUCCCCCGGCGCGCGGAAUGUGCUGUCGUUCAACGUGGGGGCGACCAGCCUUGAGGCCGACACUGCCUUCGGGUCGCUGUCGUUUGCUAACGUUGUGGACGACAACGGUGUGCAGACCAACUCCCGCCCCCACGGGAUGACGGUCAACUAUCUGAGCUGCUAGAGGAGAGUUUUGUCGAACUUCAUGAGGCUUAAUGAGAGGUUGACCUUUUUUCUUGGUUAGUCAGGAUAGCGGUUAGUGAGAACGUCGACUUUUUGAGGUGCUGGAGUGUAAGAAUCCGGACAUACCCCUUCUUGACUUUGUGGCUCAAUUACCUAGUAACUUAUGCCAUAGACAUACUUAUGCCAUAGACAUAGCGCAGUUUGUACCUCCAAGUCAAGUUGGUGUGGGCGCAGUUUGUACCUCCAAGUCAAGUUGGUGUGGGCGUAAGUCGUCAGUACUUAGUCAGUUGAGUUUUAGUUGAGUUUUAGUUGAGUUCAUUGAGUGCAUUG